AACUUGAUGCUUUGAAGUUUGAAUCCCACCUUCAGCUACAGCGCGCAGUCUCUGGCUUGUCCACGCACACUCCCAACAUGGAGGAACUCGGGGGAUACCCCACCAAAUCCUCAGCCUCCAGAGCCAAACUCUUAAAAGUCUUACUCAGUGUAGCCUUGUGCAUGGGCUCACUGUAUCUCAUACAAAUCAAAGUGUCAAAGUCACGUAAACCUAAAGAUUUCUACUCGUACGAAGUAAAGGACGCGCGAGGAAAGACCGUGUCUCUGGGAAAGUAUCGAGGAAAAGCGUCUCUGGUUGUAAACGUGGCGAGUGGCAGCGAGUUAACGGAGCUGAAUUAUCGCUCUCUGCAAGAGCUUCACCGAGAGCUCGGGACGUCCCAUUUCAACGUGCUCGCCUUUCCCUGCUCGCAAUACGGCGACACCGAGUCCGGUACCAGUCGAGAGAUCGAAGCUUUUGCCAGAUCCAACUACGGUGUAACCUUUCCCAUCUUCAGUAAAAUCAAAAUAAUGGGCUCGGAGGCGGAGCCUGCCUUCAAAUUCAUUACAGAUUCAAUACAAAGAAUACCCAAAUGGAACUUCUGGAAGUUUCUUGUGAAUUCUGAGGGCCAGGUGGUAAACUUCUGGAAGCCUGAGGAGCCCAUAGAGGAGAUUCGUAAGGAAGUCACGACGCUUGUGCGGAAUAUCAUAUUGAAGAAAAGACAGGAACUAUAAUGGACAAAAACCUCCACAAAAACUCAAAGAAUAAUUUCUUCAGUGGGCACGUUUAAGUGCGUAUGGAUGCUCUGUGGCAAAAUCCGGAGCCCUUUGCCUUGAGAAUAUUAGGCGGUUUCCCGGACAGUGUAUAGAUUAAUCCAGAGUCAGGAAUAGGCCUUAGUUAUAUUAGGACAUUUAAGUAGUUUUUACAAACAUAACAUACCUUACAGAAAUCAUUACUGGUGUGCAUCUUGAGACAAAAAUGGCACUUGGCAAGAUAUAAGUCAGUGCAAGCUGUUUUUAAAUUAAGGCUGCUCAAACAUGCAUUUUAGUCUGGGACUAGGAUAAUCCCUGUCUGGGAAACCGCCCCAAAGGUCAUGUGAAUAAAAGUGAAUAAGACCUGUCUUUUGCUGCUUGUGUGUAGGCAUGUGUGUAAAUGUUAAUGAUUUGGAUUAUUGCGAUUGAAGUGUGGUUUUAAAAAACA